UUCUCCACAUCUCAUUAAGCGUAGAAAGUGUAUUUUUUUGGUUCAAUUAAUUAAAUUAUAAUAGUUAACAAUCGGUUAAACGAUCUAGCACGGCAAUAAAUACGGCCAACUUGCGAUUAAAACUGACACCGGCCAUAGUUAUUUGGAUUUCACAAAAAAAAACUGAUCUAAACAAUACCGCUAGCAAAGGCAAAGGAAAAAACGCAAGAAGAAAAACAGAACUGCAGCACAGCACAGCACACAAAGAGAUAGCGCAGGCAGAGAGACGACAACGACGACGUCAACGUCGAUAGCAGCGAAACAACAACACAAAAAACUCGUUUCUCGUGUGUGUCUUUUUAUUUGAUUUAGUUUGCAACCAAAGCGGACGCUGCGGCAUUUCGUGGCAGGCAGCGGCAGUUUAUAAAAGGGGCGUGUCACAGCAGCGUGCAGCAGCACUAGCAACAACAACAGUAGCACUAGCAUUAUGAUGGUUGAGUCCGACGGCACCGCCGACGCCACCCGCCGUCUCAACGUGAAGAAACAAACGCUCGACGAUGCGUACGCAGUGCCCGCAAAUUUCCUUGAGAUCGACGUGGUUAAUCCGCUGACCACAAUGGCAGCAGGCAAAAAGCGCUAUACGGACUACGAAGUGCGCAUGAGGACCAAUUUACCGGUGUUCAAGGUGAAGGAGUCGAGUGUGCGACGACGUUACAGCGACUUUGAAUGGCUGCGAAACGAACUGGAACGCGAUAGCAAGAUUGUGGUGCCGCCUUUGCCAGGCAAGGCAUGGAAGCGACAAAUGCCCUUCCGGGGCGAUGAGGGAUUGUUCGACGAGAACUUCAUUGAGGAGCGGCGAAAGGGACUGGAGGCGUUUAUCAAUAAGAUAGCCGGACAUCCGCUGGCGCAAAACGAGCGUUGUUUGCACAUGUUCCUGCAGGAGAACGUCAUCGAUAAGAACUAUGUGCCCGGCAAGAUUCGCAACACAUAAGACGCCGACGACGAAGCAACCGCAAUAGCAAAUGCAACCAUAGCAAUGCAAUGAAGCAAAAAGCAAAACUCGAACGAACAAAACUCAAAAAGAAAAACAGCAACAGAAAUAGAAACAGAGGUUACGAAAUUCAUUAGGCAAAAUCAAUGCGUGUGUAUGUGUGUGCUUAGCAAGUUACAAAAAUAAUUACAAAAAGGAAAAAAAAACAAGUAAUAGAUGUUAAAUUUAAAAUGGCAACUGCUUUCUUUCGGCCAGGAAGUGGCUCAGUUAAUGUUGAGCGGCUCUGAAGAAGUAUUGGGAAUUUUUAUUGCUAAAUUCAAUUGUUUAUAUGCAAAAUGGUAUACAUACAAUACAAUAUACAUACAUAUACAUAUAUAUAUUAUUAUAUACAAUAUACAUAUUUACCUAAUAGUGUACAUAAUACAUAAACAAAUCUCACACAUAUGGGAUUUUAUUGUCGUCUCAUCAUUAUAUAAGUGUCCCCCAUGGCCAAUGUAGCGAAUGAAGUUCAUCAUAUAUAGUUAUUUAUUGGCCCUUUUUUUGGAGGCAAAUCGCUCAGCAAAUGGAAAUGAAAUUUUCUCGAAUCCUAAGAGCACACACCCUUUUUUCCUCCCUUUCCUAUCCAUCUUUUAGUCGUUGUAUAAAAAUUGAAUUAUUAUUGAGUUUCAAAAGUUUGCAACAACAAAGAGUUACCCUCCAUCUCCAUGGUAUAUAGUGUAUGAAAAACAUUAACAAAAACAGUUGCAACUGUUUUUUGCAAAAUUACUGAAUAUUUUUGAAUCAUUUUAGUGAACAAUAUGUGUAUUGUACUUCGAAUCAAACCUAAAAUAAUUCCAAUAAUAAUACAUGUAUUUUACUAAA